AUGUACGGCAUGGCCUCGGAGCACUCGGUACUGUAUUAUUACAACUUCGCUUGGGCUUUCGUCAUGAAAGAAAGAAAGAAAACACCAGCCUGCACUGUCGCCGGUGCGAGCCUCUACUCCUGGUAUGAUGACUACCUUGAGACCUACGUCGACACCCAGGACUGUCAACAGCGGCUGGCCUUGGCCCCGGACGAUAACGGGGGCCUCUAUGUUUGGAACAUGAUCAACAUUGGAGCCGUGGAGAUGAUCAGCAACGUGGCGGACAACUACACAGUCCUGGACAAGAACAACACCCAGGCGCACCGCCGACUACCUGAACGACUACUAGGAAAAGACGAUUUAAACUCCGCAUCCUCGACAUAUCCAGACCAACGCAUGCCGUACUACACCCUGGGCACCUUCUAUUACACCCUGAACGACACCAUGGACAAUUACACUUCGGCCAACAAGAACAACGACGAGUACUCCCAAUACUGCCAGCAAGUCCGGGAAAUGGUUCCAGAGGCCAUCGAUGACUUCAAGGCAGCGUUCACCCCCAGCAAACCCGAUAGCGGCGCAGGCAACCUAUACACCCAGCUGACGGGCGCGAUGCGGUACAUCAUGACCUACACCCCGAAAGACACGGCCGGCUUCUACAGCGCGCUCGAAAACACCUACGGCAUCAACAAGACCUGGGUGGAGUUUGUCGACAAGGGUGCCCCUAAGUAG